UCUGAUCUGAUCGGAUGAUUUUUAGAAUUCCCACACAUGAGUUCAUUCCAAGGUCAGCGAUUCGAUAUUUCGGAAAAGCUCAUGGCUCAAAAUAGCUAGAAACCUUGGAAUCGUGUAUUUCAAACGAUAUAUAACGUAAACACUAAUUUAAAAAAAAUGAUUUUUUCCUUUAUAUGAACUUUAAUCCAAUACACAAUACAUUUUGUACUCAUUUAUUAUAUGACUAAUCUGGUUUUCAGUUCGGCUUGACAUAUGUCGUUCCCAGGAUUGACGAAAACGUGUGUUGAUAGAAAAAUAUAUAUGUUUACAUAUGAAAAAAAAAAAACCACUUCCUUAUUUCUUUAUUGACUUGUUUAUCCCCUAUAUUUCAACUCAGGCAGAAUUCGUGAAAACGAGUUUUCUUUUGUUGACUUAGUGAGUCAUUGAUAAUGGCCUUUUCGAAUUCAAUAAUAAAUCCACAUUUUCAAAAAUAAUCUUUUUUUAUUAAUUUGCAUUUCAUCGUUCUCUGGUUCCCUUCGCCUUAAUUAAUUUCCUCUUUAUUCAUUAUAAUUUACACAUUUUUAACGGGGUGUCAAAAUGUGACCGAGAAACAUUGGCGUUCACUAUCUCACAACGAUAAAAUUUGGAUAAAACUCUUUCCCUCUUGUUAAUCAGAAAUGUAACUGAAUGAAGAAAACGAUUUUCUUAAAUUUCAGUUCAGUACAUCUGAACUCUUUAGGAUGUUUACAAUCUAUUUAACAAAAGACGGUUUAAAUGAACAAGAAAUUCAAAGCCGAUGACCCCACAACUUACGUAUAUAUGGACAGGUGAAGUUGUGUACAAUCUACAAAGGAAGACGGAAAUGAAAAAGUUCUAUUUAAAGACCGAUGACCCCAUAACAUAUCACAACAGAGAAGACAUGAAUUUCAGCGGGUCUUCUACCAGCGACACGAUCUCCGUUGAAUGCGAAAUCUACGAAUAUCUGGGUGGAAGACUUGAUCGUACCGCUACAUGGGCGUAUGUGCUGCUUAUCUUCAUAACAGUCGUCAACAUAACAACAUGUCCAUUCAUCAUUAUUUUGAACGUGCUGGUGAUGAUUGCUGUGAAGACCAAAGCCCGACUGAAAACUAACUCCAAUAUCACACUGUGCUGUUUAGCGUUCAUUGAUAUGCUAGUGGGAAUAAUCGCCCAACCUGUUUUUGCCGCGGUCACGAUAUUAACCAUGCAAGGUGAGACAUCGAACAAACACUGCACGCUGCAACGAUUAUCGAGAAUUGUGGUUAAGUCAUUAUGUGGAGCUUCAUUCUGUCAACUUGCCCUGAUUAGCGUGGAAAGGUAUUUGGCCAUUAAACACUCGUUCACUUACACAAGCCAUGUUACUAAAGCUCGUAUACUCGGCUUGUCUGCUGUGACUUGGAUAAGCAUAAUGGUGCAGGCAUGUAUACCCUUUCUCAUAACGGACGAGAACAUUUUGUUGACGGUGAGUUAUUUUCGCUUUCCCUUUCUUAUGGCCAUCAUAGUCUUCUGCCACAUUGCGGUUUACAGGGAAAUUCGCCGCCACGAGAAGCAAAUCGCAGCCCAUCAAAUAUCAGAAGAAGCCAGGGAAAAAUUCUUGAAGGAGGGAAAAGCUUUAAAGUUAACAACUACUGUACUUUUUAUUCUGCUAUUGUGCUAUCUGCCAUCAAUUAUUGUUCGAAUACUACUUCAGACUUCUACCAUAAAUCGUGUAAAGACAGCUCAUAUUGCUUUUUUCACGACAAGCUUUGUAGCAAUUCUCAAUUCGUUGAUAAAUCCUGUUAUUUACUGCGUUAGGAUAAAGCACUUUCGAAUUGCGUUCGUUGAAAUAUUACUCAGAAAAAACUACACACAGGCUGAACGGUUCCGAUUGCGAGUCUUCGAAAGAUCGACGAACAUUGUGGUACCGCUUGAAGCAACACAGGAAGGGGAAGAACCACCAAACAAUGAGCAAGAAAAUGCGAACGAUAACAUUAUUCACGGAAGCAACAUAAUGGCAUCAAUAGCAACAUCAUGAACAACCACUGGCACAUGACGGUAGCUUGCGAAUCUAGAAACAGCUAGCGCUAUAUAAGACUUAAUUUAUUAUUAUUGUUAUUAUUAUUAGUACGCAAGCUAUACUAUACGCAGAAUUAAGAACGGUGGCUGCCGAAAAAUCAACAACGAUAUCAACAAAUGAAAAUAAGUAGUCAACUCUGAGAUAAAACUUAAAUGUUAAGUAAGUACUGAAGUAAUUAAUCCCGGGUCGGUCAGUCACUCAUCACUCAAGUUUUAACUAACUGAACAGUUCUUGCACUAGAAGACCUACUACUUUCAAUGAUCAGAACUAUAGAGUAAUAAUUUUUUGUUCCAAUAGCAAAACUCAAUGACAGCUGUUUCUGUUAUUGUGCG